CUGCAGAGGCUGCUGCUGCUGCUGGCUGGAGAGAGUGUGAGGUGAGAGUGCUGUCAUUGUUGUUAUGCGGCAGAGCUUUUUGGGGUCUGGGCUAUUGUGGUCUCUGGGGUCUAGUCUCUGGAGGCUGGACCCCUUAAUUAUCCCCAGAUCGAGUCAGUUCAGUCCAGUAGUAACUAUAGUCAAGUCGGUUCAUUAUUUUUCUCCAUUCCAUUUCCUUUCCUACCAAUGUGCAUUUUGCAUAUUACAUAUUUGCAUUCUUUUCCAUCAUCUUGUUUGCUUCGUUUCCCCAUAGGCCAUACCUACGAUCCCUCGUUUUCUCCCUCCAUUUCUCUCUGCCCCCUUGCGUCCCUUCAGUUCUCCUUCAUUCUAUAGUGGCAGGUGGCGACUACUUUACUGUUCUUUCAGUGCUACUUGUAUACCUAUUAGAACCUGUAAUGUAGAAACUAGAGAGCAAGAGCAGAGGGCUUGUGGGAUUUCCCUGUUCUUCUUUGCUGCAUAUUCCGCAAGAAAUGGCUGGUCUGGGUAGCACCGCUAAAGCGCCUUCACUUCCACCCCCACGCCCAAAGUCACCGCCUGAGUAUCCAGAUUUAUAUGGAAAGAGGCGAGAAUUAGCCAAGGUUCAAAUGCUGGAAAGAGAAAUUCGCUUUCUUGAGGACGAAUUAAAAUUCGUUGAAGGCCUUCAACCUGCUUCCAGAUCCUGCAAGGACGUUGCGGAUUACGUAACAGCAAAUUCAGAUCCUCUCAUGCCAGCAACUAAGAGAGUUCAUAGAUCUUGUUGCUUCUGGAAAUGGCUCUGUGGAUCAUCAUGCUUCAGCUUUUCAUGGAUUUGCUGUCAAGGCUGUGUCCCUCAUCUUGAGAUGCCGCGCUGCUGUGGUUGUAGUAACUUGUGUGAUUGUAGUAUAUCAUCGUCGUGCCCAUCAUCCUGCCCAUCCAUCAGAUGUUCAAAACCCAAGUGCCACUGUUGCUCCUGCUCCUGCUUCAGUUCCCAGUGCUUUAGAAAGCCCGCAUGCGGCCUAAGCUGCCGCAUUCCCAAAUGUCCUUCUUGCUCUAACUGCUGCUUUUGCAAUGGAUGUACAUCCUGUUACCCUAAAUGUCUAAAGGUAAACCUUUGCAAUGGAUGUUGUACAAAAGGCUGCUGCUACAACUGCUAUAUAUGUUAUUAGCACAUCAUCAAUUAAUAAAUACACUAAAAGAAGCUCAAUUUACAAUACCCUCUUUUCUCAAUUUUUUAUUUAGGUUCUUCUGCGUUUAUUCCUUUUGAUGUAUUGAACUAGAAUAGUUACACCACUUCUCUGCAUUUUUAUUACCAUUCUCUUUCCAUCGGGUACCAAGACAACUUCACAAGCAGCGCACGAUUUCCGGGCUUUGAAUCAAGUGCAAUUGGCACCAUUAUACUCCAAGUUGUCGAUAGAAGUGUGGUCGCACCUUUUUUUUUCCCUUGCUCUCUGGUUAUGGUACAAUCGUGUGCUUGUAUUCUUAUUGCAUUCCCAAAAUGACUUGUUGGUUUUUGGUCCCUAGAUCAGCUAGCUACCCUGCAAAGCAAAUUUG